CUCAUCGCCGUGGCUUCAGGAACCCCUUAUGUGUUCUCCAUCUUUGCACCACAGCUGGUGAAACAGACAGGCCUCAGCGCGGACCAAGCUGCUACGCUGUCCACCGCGUUGAGUUUGGGCGGUGCCCUUGGUGGUCUGCCCGCUGGUAUCACCAUUGAUUCACUGGGCCCACAGUUCGCGUCAGUGCUGGGUGGGCUGUUGACGGCUGUGGCGUUUUAUAUUUUGCACAAGUGUUAUGUCGAUGCCAACAACGACGUCUUUCUAUUGAUGGUUGCGUUGGCCAUCUCUGGGUUUGCAUCCAUUCUGAGUUUCUACUCAACAAUCAAAUGUACCACUGCAAAUUGGCCUCAUCACCGUGGAAGUGCCGGCGCACUGCCUGUUGCUGCCUAUGCAGUGGCAUCGUUGAUCUUCUCCUAUGUGAAUGUGAGAUUCUUCAAAGAUGACACUGCCGGCUUACUCAGAUUCUUUUACAUCUUCACACCUUGUGUUUGUAUUGGAUGUGCGUACUUUUUACAGAUUGUUGAUAAGAAGAAGCAUAAGAAAGCCCCAAAGGAUCGUAAUACGGCAGUUGGUGAGCAGGAUCCUCUGCUACGUUCGGGCUCAACAUCUUCUCUGUUUGGCACAGGAUCACCUAACGGGAGCCGAAGACAGAGUAUUGCUCGUAUCUUCAGUUUAUGGGGUACUCCAAGAUCCUCGAGUACACUUUCCUUGGACCAGAUGCAAAGACCCCUAGUGCAAUUGCCCAAGCACGUUAGAGCGGAUAGUGAUGCCAUCUACGUUGCCGUUGAAGAUACACCAGUUUUCGUCCGUGAAGGCUCUCCAAUAUGGGAUCAUCACUUGACAAAGGCCAUCUUUUCAAGGGUAUUCUUCAAGUUUUAUUUAAUCUUGGGGUUCAUGAUGGGCAUUGGCCAGAUGUACAUCUACAGUGUUGGCUAUAUCAUCGUGGUCCUCAAGCAAUCUGAUCCAAACUCCAAGCUAUCAGUCGGUGAUGUGCAAGCCGUUCAAGUCUCCACCAUCGCAUUGGCAAGCUUUCUGGGGAGACUAACAUCAGGCCCGAUAUCGGACGUGGUUAGACGUAAGCUGAAUGCCCAGAGAAUAUGGUGUAUUGCUAUUUCGGCGUGUGUGAUGCUCCUUGGCCAGUAUCUCGUCACAAAGAUCAACUCGCUAGAUGCACUGACACUCCCUUCAUUCGUCGUUGGCCUGGCCUUUGGAUUCUGCUUUGGAACCUUCCCUGCUAUCAUCGCCGAUUGCUUUGGAACAGAUGGCUUCACCACCCUCUGGGGACUCAUGACCACAAGCGGAUUGCUGGUUGUCAUGCAGAUGACAAAGCUGUUGGCAUACACCUUGAAGAAGAAUAGCGAUGAUGAUGGUGUUUGCAUCCACGGUGCUGCCUGUUACAGUGAAACGUUUGUCGUAACGCAGUACAUGUGUCUGGCAGUCAUAUUGUUUACGCUAUUCACCAUUUGGUACAACCAC